AUGCAAGCGGCAGCAGCGGCAGCAGCAGCAGCAGCAAGCAGCGCGCUGGAGCUUGCGGAGCAUCAGCCCACCGUGUGGGCACACACCAAUGGCUACAUCAGCACCAUGACGGUUCAGUGCGCAGUUCAGCUGGAGAUCCCCGACGUCAUCCACAACCACUGCCGUCCCAUGACCCUCCACCAGCUUAUUUCCGCUCUCCAAAUCUCCCCCGCCAAAGCUCCAUUCAUGUCCCGCCUCAUGCGAGUCCUCGUCCAUCUAGGCUAUUUCGUCGAACACAACGACAGCUACUGGUUGACGCCACUGUCUCGCUUCCUGCUCAAGGACAACCCCUUCGGCGGAAGGUCAAUGCUUCUCCUAGGCUCCCAUCCCAUCAUGCUCGACCCUUGGCGCAGUAUGAGCACUUGGUUUCGGACCAACGACGAGCGACAACAGGCUCCCUUCGCGUUUGCUAAUGGUGGCAGGAAACUGUAUGAAGUCGCGGCUGGCGACCCUUGGUUGAGCCGGCUUUACCACGACGGGUUGGGGCGUGACAGCUCGCUGUUCGCCGCGUCUUUGGUGGCCAAGUGUGGAUCGUGGUCAGGUGUGUUCGAGGGGCUGAACUCGCUUGUGGACGUAGGGCGCAACAGUGGUACUGGAACCACGGGUCAGGUCCUCGCUGCUGCCUUUCCCGACAUCGACAUCACAGUGUUUGAUCUUCCUCAUGCGGUUGCUGGGUUGGAAGCUGCUGCCCAGCCCAACCUUCGGUAUGUUGGCGGGGACAUGUUUAAGGAGAUCCCGCCAGCAGAUGCCGUGCUCUUGAUGAGGGUGCUGAUUGAGUUGGAGGACGAAGCCUGCGUGGAGCUAUUGAAGCAAUGCAAGAAAGCGGUGAGCAAUCGUGGUGGUGGUGGUGGUGGUGCAGGGAAGGUGAUGAUAGCAGAUCAUGUUCUUGACCACGAGAGCUGCGACGAUCAGGUCUCCGAGGGAACGCUGUUGUUCACUGACAUGGUUAUGAUGGCUUGUUUGGAAGGUAGCAUAAGAACUGAACCACAGUGGUCCCAACUCUUCUCCCAGGCUGGCUUCUCAAACUACAAAAUAACUCUUGUUUGUGGCCUGUGGUUUCUCAUUCAGCUCGAACUAUGA